AUGGGUAAAAGGUGUUACGUUUGCAAAAAGAAGUGUACUGGAGAUAUCUUGAAAGCGGAAGGCGAAAAAUUCAUCCAUAUAUCAUGCUUUAAGUGUGCCAAAUGUUCGAGAUCGUUAAGAGAAACAGGCUAUUUUACGGGUGAAUCAGGUGAGUUUUUGUGUGCCGAAGACUAUCGAGCCAUAAGCGAGCAGCAGUCACAAAUACAAGCGUUAUCACCCAGUAAGGAUGAGCAACCGCAGCAGCGAGAAGGCGAGCAGAAGGUAUUGUCGUUGAAUAAUCAACAACAAAGCAUCAACAACAAUGAAGCUACAUUCUCGAUAUCACCCGAUGCACAAAUCCAACAGCAACCCCUCGCUGAUGCACCAUCGUCGCCAACUAGUCCUCCUCGCUCACCGGGCUCACCAACCGUGUGUGCAGCAUGUGAUCAGCCAUUACAAAGUGGUCAAGUACUGCUGGCGUUGGGUGAGCAGUGGCAUGUGUGGUGUUUCAAAUGUAGUGAAUGUGCAGCGGUGCUUCAAGGCGAGUAUAUGGCACACGAAGGCAAACCGUUGUGUAUAAGAGAUUAUAACUUGAAGUAUGGUGUGAAGUGUUAUGAAUGUGAUAAGUUCAUUGCUGGGAAGGUGUUGCAGGCUGGAGGUUAUAAAUUUCAUCCGACGUGCGCGAGGUGUUCACGUUGUGGUGAGCAUUUCGGAGACGGCGAAGAGAUGUAUAUGCAGGGCGACGAAAUUUGGCAUCCUCGUUGUGAGCACACAAGGACAACAGAGAAUCUUGCUCCUUCGCCCGGUGGCAGAAGUUCGUCAUUGCGAGCAAGGCGAGCUGCAGACGAGCCCAAAUACCACACACAUUUUGGUCAACAUCUUACUUAUAUGUAUUUAUUGCCGGAAGCUGAACAGACUUAUUUGAAACAUCCGAUCGCGCCACAUCCGCCUCAACCGGCACAGUUCCAUACACCACAAGGACCUAUAAAAAUCAGAAAAUCGAGAAUGUCAAUGCUAAAGACCGGUAUGCAGCGACUCACCGAAGAUCUAGAGCGAAAUACACCACGAGCGAAAUCACCGCAUAUGGAUAAUGAAGAGCCAAUUGAGAUGGCACAUUAUCCGGGUGGUCACGCACCAGAUCCGAGUGUUUUGCCACCGAUCGAACGAGAGGACUUCCCUGCUCCACCCUAUCCGUAUGCUGUGGAAGAACUAAAGCGUCGUCUAUCGUCGUCAUCAGUUGAAAAUGCUGAAGAUGAUGACGAGUCAGACGAAGAUUAUGAAGAUAACGCAAAAUUAGACGAAGAGAAGCUGAAAAGAGCUGUUGAACAGUUGGAUACAUACGAUAAAGACUCGUCGAUUGCGCAUGUAAUCAAACAAAAUCUCGAAGAAGCUCACAAGAAACAAAGAUUGCCUCUACACUGGGAUCCACGAAAUGCGAGUAGAACGCCAUCAGCGAAAAAGAUGUCGCACUUGAGAUUUCGUUACGAUACACCGAUCAAUGCUUCACCAUCGAGACAUUUGAAUCGUCCAAAGCCAUGGAUUUAUUGGCAGGGUGCAGCCGGCGGAGAUAAAGCAGCCACAACAACGAUACCCUUCUUUCAUAUACCACAGCGAGCCGGGAUGUGUGGACGUGCGGCGACACUUCCGGACGGCUAUCAUUAUGGGCAAGUGACUGCUGGUGAUCUGAGCACAAUGGAUGGUCAUUUAGAUAGCACUCUAACGUCGCACUUCUCUGAUCAGUCAUUGAAUGGCACCGCUGAAAUUAUGGUUGGUGGCGGUGGUACUCUACCCGGUAUCGGAGCGGUUAUUCCUGGAACAGGUGGUGGCGGCGGAACGAUUUCAACUGCAGGAUUGCUACGCAGUUCUUUACCGGAUAUGAGUAAACCAGCGAAGAUUUACGCGUUGAACGAGCUGCAAACGAGCAAUAAGAAGUUACCCGAAGAUGUGGAUCGUGAACAUCUGGAACGACAUCUGAAUCGUGCUGAAUUUGAGCAAAUCUUCAGCAUGAGUCCAAUUGAGUUCUAUAAGCUUCCUGAAUGGAAACGGAUCAAUUUGAAACGCAAAGCAAAACUUUUUUAA